UCCUCAAACUACCACUUAUUCGGUGUCUUUAUAGAUAUUCACAUGUAAACAGUAGUUAUCACUUUAGAUAAAGAACGUAAGGAAAAAAAUGUAAUAAUCAAUUGUAGAAAGAAAUACAAUGGCAAACAUGAAAGCUUAAACCGUUUAAUGUCGUGUUAUUAUGGCUGUUAACUUUACUGAACAAUGAAGAAGGGAAAUCGCGAUAUCAAUAUCUGUCGUAAGGCUUUAUCAAAUGCUGUCUACAGAAAAUGCCUAUAUAAAUGAUGAAAGGGUCGGCUCCAUCCAUUGUAAACAGCAUUCGCUUCAUUGACUUAAACCUGUGGUUUGUCAAUCGUUAAAUUGAAACAAAAUUGGAUGAAGGCUUGGGUAGAGACGUUGACACACAGUUGAACAUUUGCGGCUUCUGUUGCAUUGUCUUUUCGUUUCGCUUUGCUUUGCUUUGCUCUGCUUUAUUGAACUAACUUCAUAUUGCUUUCGUUGUAAAAAAUAGUCUAUUUUCAGCCAUGAGUUCCAUCAUCGAAAAAAACCAAAAGGAUCUUGUGUCUGAAACCACCAAGGGAGCAAGCUCUGUCCAUAGUCAAGGCUCAAAAGAUAUCGAAGUUGGUGAAUCCCACCAUCUGACUGAUGAUGACAAAGUGCUUAUAGGUCUAGGCUAUAAACCCGUAUUCCAACGCGAAUUUUCUUACUUGAGUGUCUUUGGUCAGUCCUUUGGUGCAAUGGGUCUUUGCCCCUCCAUAUCUGGCUCAAUCUCAUUCAGUAUGAAUUGUGGUCCAAGCGGUAUGGUUUGGUCUUGGUUCUUGGGAUGUGUUUGUUUACUUCCCAUUGCCAUUUCUAUGAGUGAACUAGCCUCUUCUAUGCCUACCUCCGGCAGCUUAUAUUAUUGGGUAGCGUACCUUUCGCCCAAAAAGUAUAGAGCCUUCCUUAGUUGGUUUUUGGGUUAUGUGAGUAUGCUUGCUUAUGGAACCGGCUUUGCUUCCACCAUUUACGCCGCUUCUUCCCUUCUCAUUGCUACGAUUUCUAUUGGAAGCCCUAGUUUUUCCCCUACAAAGUAUGAACAGUACGGCAUUUAUCUUGCCUUCUGUUUAGUUUGCUCUUUCCUUAUUGCUAUGCCAACGAAAUAUUUAGCCCGUUUCAACAAGUUUUGUGUGUUUUUCCAAAUUUCCACUGCAUUGAUUUUUAUUAUCAGCCUUGCAGCUUCCUCUAAUUCCACUACCAGGACGAGCGCUAGUCAUAUAUUUACCCAUUUCCACAAUUACUCAGAUUGGAAAAAUAUAGGCUGGGCGUUCAUCAUGUCAUUCACCACUCCAGUGUGGGUUGUAUCAGGUUUCGAGUCAUGUGCUACCGUUGCCGAGGAAGCCACGAAUGCUUCUGUAGCCGCUCCAAUUGCUCUUAUAUCUAGUUUAUCAGCAGCGUUAGUUUUGGGGUUUUGCGUAAUAGUUACUUUCUGUGCUACCAUGGGUUUUGAUUUUGAGGCCAUUAUGAAUAGUUCUACAGGUGAACCCGUUAUGCAAGUUUUAUUAAAUAAUUUGGGAGUCAAAGGUUGUCUUGGGGUAUCAUCUAUUUUAAUUAUAGGCCUUUGCCUGAACUGCUCUUCUUUGUGCGUGGGAGCUACACGAGAAGUCUUUGCUUUUUCCAGAGAUGGUGGUCUUCCUGCUAGUAAGUAUCUUCAAAAGAUCACUUCAAAUGGAGUUCCGAUAAACGCGAUCAUUAGUGUAAACAUCUACACUUUUCUGAUUGGUUUACUGAUGUUGGUGAAUGAAGCAGCCAUCACUUCUGUCUUCAACUUGGCCAUCAUUGCUCUGUUUGUUUGCUAUUCAUUGCCUAUGCUGACAAGAAUCUUAUUUGAUCGCCUUCAACCCGGUAAAUUUUAUUGUGGAAAGUUUAGUAAACCCCUAGCAAUUUAUUCAGUUGCAUGGCUCUGGUUUAUAGCAAUAAUGCUUUUUUUUCCAAGUUACGAACAUCCAAACCAAAUGGAAAUGAAUUGGGCUAUCGUCGUUUUCAUCUUUGUUUGCCUGUUUUGUCUUGUAUAUUACUAUUUUCCUAAAUACGGAGGUAAAACAUUCUUCCAGGGACCCGUGAAAACAAUUGAAAGCGAUCAUGAAUUCUUAUACUAACUUAGCUUUGGUUGUUCAUUAUACUUCUCUUUGUUAUUUACAUUUCGUUUUAUGCUAGUUGUCCAAUAUCUACGUUCGUUUAAUUUAAAAGGUAAUUAUCAAGUCUUUAGGAAAUAUGUUCGUUUUUUUACAACGCAUUGGAUAAUCAGUUGAAAUUAACCAAUCAAUUAAAAGUUAUUUCAUGAAAUCACCA